AUGUUCCACUAUGUAUUAUUCAUAUUGGUCUUACAGAGUGUGUCUUCUCUACCAUUAAAUGAUGAUAAUAAAUUACUAUCAUUAAUUUUAAAAGAAGAUUAUACUGAUAAUGGAUAUACAGUUGUAGAUCCGAAAACAACUAUAUCGAUUAUGAAUGAAAACCUUAUAUCGUUUGAUCCAUUAGUUUUGAAUGGAUAUGAUGUUCAACCAUUAAUUCGACAACUCAUUGAAAAAAAUCGAGAAUCUAUCAGUUUAACAAUUGAAUCAAAUCCAUCAAAAGGAUAUAUUAUAGAUAAAGAGAAGAAAUUUUUAAAAUAUUUCACAGAAAAUGGUGGUGGAUGGAAUAAAUUAUAUGAAGAAAAUCCAAAAGUAUACAGUUUAACAUCCGUUUCAUUACCCGUCUAUGAUAAACAAGCUAAUUUAGUCUUAGUCUACAAAAGUUUUUCUCAAAAUUUUCUUGCUGGUGAAGGAAAUCUAAUUAUUUAUUCAUUUGAUGAUAGUAAUGGAGAAUUGAAAGAAUUAUCCAGAAGAAUGAUUUGGGUUUCAUAA